CAAAAAAACCCCAUACUCUAAUAUAGCAAAUAGCAAUAAUAGUAUCCUCAAACAUAAUUUCUUUUUCCUCUCUUGGCUUGCAACUGUCAUCCAACUGGACACUAUCCUCUAUUGGAGUUGUUUGCUUAAGGUAACAACGCUUAUUUUCUUCUUCCUUUAAAGAAUGUCUCAAUUGAGUAAACCACCAACACCGCCUCUGGCUAAAACAAAUAUAGUGACAAAGGGCAUAGUGUCAAUUCUUGGAUCAGAUAAUCAAAGAGGCAAAUCAAGUGCAGCUUCCAUUAGAAGAACAUUUUCUGCUGAUAUGUCAUCUAAACAAUGGCUUGCACAAAAUGGUUUCUUUUCUCCCAUCAAAAAGAGUGCUUCAUCAAAAGAUCUUGUUGAUCAUUCCUCCUCCUCAGAGGAAGAAAAUGAUGAGAUCAAAGGGCAAAAAACAUCAUUGGAUGUUUGGAGCUCAAUUUUGUCCCAAAAGAAAGAUGAUGAUGACAUGUCCAAUCUUCAAACUCCAUAUAUUCACCCUCUUGUUAAAAGAUCAACUAGUUCUUUGAGUGAGAAAAGUCUUGAAAUUUGUACUGAAAAUCUUGGAUCAGAGACUGGGUCUGAUGGCUUUUCCUCCUACUCUCCUUCUGAGAAUGGAGAUGUAGACGAGGACAAAGAUGAACAACAACAACAACAAUAUUGUUCGCAAUCCUUUGAGGAAUUGCGAGUUGUAAAGUAUAAUUAUAGUAAGAGAUCAUCAUCUUUUCCUAAAUCUUUUCCUCCUCCAAUCCCUUCCUUGGCUAGAGGUGACAACAAGCCUUCUCUUCACAUGCAAUCUCGACGCCAAGAUGGUAGAUUGAUUCUUGAAGCUAUUUCUAUUCCUCCUCGAAAUUUUUUCCAUGCCCAUCGCCAUGAAAGUCGCCUUCUUCUCACCUUCGUUGAUAAUAGUACUUCCACUUCAUCAUCAGAACCAGAGAUGGAGGAUUAUGAUGAAGAAUUUGAUGAAGUGUUCAACGAUAUUGAUGAUCAAACACCUCAACUUGAUUACAGUACUGAUGAACAUAUAGAAAAUGGGAUCACUGUGAUGGAGCCGAAGCUAAGAUUGUCAAGUGGGGUGAUAAAUAUGAAGACAUCAGCCCUGAUGAUAAAGCUGUUAGAUUCUUCGAUCGAAAUAAGGGGAAAAUCAAUUCAAUUCUCAAUGGGAAAAGAAUUUCGCGAAUUCUCCCCCGAAUUGGAUGUUCAUUUGGGGCUUGGAAACAAGAAUUUUGUAACAUGGCCUAACAAGUUUAAUGAAGUUGUAAACUUGACGGGUUCUGUGGGUUCAACUGAACUGACGAAGGAGCUAAGUCAGGUAACAUCAGUUCCUCAGUCACUCCCAACUCAUCUAACACCGGUGACUGCGGCCACGGCCUCUUUCAAUGCCUGUGAGUAUUUUUGGAGGAAGAAUCCUACAAUUGCAAAAGAAUGCAACAACUAUACCACUAAGCAAAUUGUUCUUGCAGCUAAUAGUACUGCUCCCAAUGCUCAGGGUACAACAAAAGUAGCAGCAUAUGAGCUGCAAGACUUGGUGUUAAUGAGAAGGAAAAGAGCAAAUAAGAACUAUUUGGCACCUUUGCAAAAAGGAUGCAAAGAGCCAAGGAGGUCUUUACUAAUUUGGGAGCCUCACUGCAUUGCCACCUCCUGAUGAUCACCAAUUUUUUAAUCCAGUCCUAAUUCAGCCAAUUACAAAAAAUAAAUAUAUAUAACUAUAUAGUAAUAUUAUAAUAUUUAUUAGUAAGAUUGUUAUUUUUCCUCUCUAAGUCAUGACUAGUUUUUUACUCUUUUGUCAAAAAAGAGUUUUGUGUGGCCAAAUAAAAAAGAGUGAGAUCAUUGGUUUA